AUGACCGAGAUUCGCGGUACAGGUGGCAUGAUGACCCAGGCCGAAGAAGGCAUGAAGCUCUUCGAGGCGCAGCAAGGUACUGCCGCGGAGGUGGAUAAGGAUGCCGCCAACAAGUACAAGCAGGAAGUGGAAGCACGCAUCGCCUCCCUGGAGAACGAAGCGAACCUCUUGACGGGCAAGGACAAGAAGAAGGAACGUGCCGCGAAAGGUAAGGAGGUGGCCGAAUUGAAAGGAGAACAGCAAUACGUGGACGCCUGCAAGAUCGUCAAAGGCCUGGAGCCGAAGUUCGGAUACUUCGUGACCAAGGCUGCCGAGGCCCCAAAGGCGCUGGAGACACCGACACCGGAGGUGGAGGAAGUGAAGCCGGACAAGGCCAAGAAGGACAGCAAGAAGGAGCCCAAGAAGGAAAGUGCCGGUCUGAGCCCUGCCGAGACCAAGGAUUUGCGCCAAGGGAUGGCAUGGGAUGGCAUGAGGGCUGAAGAUGUGGAGUUGGAGGAUUUGAAGCAGCAAAUUGUCGAGCGCAAGGCCAUUCUGAAGGAGCAGGGCAUGAGUGGCGGCCAACAGAACAAGGACGAAGAGGUGGUGAAGAUGGUCGCCCGGAUGAACGAGCUCAAGGAGAAGCAGGACCCAGGCAGCACUAAGAAGGAGAAGGAUGGAAAGAAGGACUCCAAGAAGAAGACACCUUUGAGCGCCGAGGAGCAGAAAGAGUUCGCUCAGCUGCAGAACGAGAUCGAGAUCUACAAGGCCAAAUUGAGAAGCGAGUUCGGCUACAGUGUUUUUUUGUUUUGCAAAGCCACCUGCCCGUUCUCGCGCUCCGCAGCUGCCUGGCUCAACCCCACAUUUGCUCGUACGACGUGGUCGGAGGCUCGAUAUGUGGCUUUGGAUGACUUGAAGCACUUCGCCAAGGAGCCUGACACGGAGGCAGAGGUCUCACGGAUUUCGUUGGACGAGAUGCUCGAGACGUCCACGGAUGGCGACAAGGCGCGACAGGGCCCCGCGCGGAAGCUCUUCAACAAACGACGCACCCGGAGCAUCUUGAGAGAAAUGGCGUUCAAAGAAUUCUUGGCUGAACAUGACUUCCCUUCCGAUGACGUCAACGAGCCACGAUACAUUGAUGCUGGGCACCGCUGGUUUGGCCUUCUCACCCGAUACGAAACGGCACCUUGGAGAGCGUCAGAGCUGUUGAUGGUGGAUGUGGUGUAUCCAGUGCACGUUGCUGCGGCCCUGGGAAAUCACGAAAUGCUUCGCAUGCUGCUGAGAGCCGGCGCCAAUCCAAACCAAAAGACGUCCAAAGGCAGCACCGCCUUGGACUUUGCCCAGAUCGCCAACCGAGAUGGCUCCCACGAUCAAGUCUUGGCCCUUCUGAAGAGUCCAGUCAAGCUCCUGCGAGCGCGGGACGUACUGAGUUUGAAGGCCCUGAUUCUACGGGCGCACCGGCGCACCACCUUCUAUGAUACUUGCAGUGCUGGUCAGGUUGUUAGCCCGACGGAAGCAAAGAAGGAGAGCUUUAAGAACUUGGGGCAUGGGCUUCACACGCAAUGGGGCUUCACAAGCAAUGCGGCUGGCUUGGACACCAGGAUCACCCCCGUGGUUGGUGGUUUCAAAGUGCCAACGAUGGCCGGUGCACAUUCCGACAUUUCCAGAAUUUCAAUGCACGCCGACAUUCAUGAAGGGCAAGAAGCCCUGCAUCUGAAGGCAAGCGAGUCUGACGAGCUGGAGGUGAUGCAGAUUGGAACGCUGCAGGAGAUUCAGGCCCGGAUGCUAUUUCAGAAACGACGCACGAAGAGCUUGGAAAAGGAACAGGAGUUGCUGAACUUUUUGGCCCACUAUGACUUCUCCGAUGAUGUCAACAUGCCUCGAGUGGUCAAGAAUGGUUGCUUUCUUUCCAAACCUCAGAAGGUCUACCCUGUUCACAUGGCGGCCGCGGCGGGAGACCACAAAAUCCUUCGUUUGCUGCUGCGGGCGGGUGCCGACCCGAAGCAGAAGACAUCCAAAGGUGCAGAUGCCUUGGAGAUUGCACAGUAUGCCAACAGGCGUGGCUCCCACGAUCAAGUUGUUGCGCUGCUGACAACUGAAGUGAAACUCCUUAGCGCGCGCGAGGCCUUGAACCUAAAGGUUGACAGCCGCAAGGUGUGGGUGGGGAGCUCGAGCAGCUCGAGCUGUUCUUGCACUGGAGUGAAGGAGACUGGGGAACUGAUGGCAGGAGAAGCUGCCGCUCUCAAGGGACAGGCGCAUAGAAAUGCUGUGAUUGCUGGAGGCUUCAAAUGGAUUUUGCGCGGAGAGCGUGACUUCCACAGCAAGCGGCUCGGACACCAGGUCCGAGUGGCCCUGGGACAGGCUGCUCUGCCACGGCUGAUUGAUUUUCGUAACAAGGACAUGAAAGCCGAUCCUGAUCUCAAGGACAUGGAGGCCCGUUUGGCAGCUUUCGAGAAGAGAAGUUGA